AUGUAUUAAUAUGAAGAUUAAAUUGAGGAUAAUGAAGAAUUACCACCAAUAGUAGAAGAAUUAAGUUUGGGCUCUGGAAUUCCACAAUUUUUUAAUCAAUAACAACAAUAACUGCUUUUAUUCUUAGAUGCAAAUAAUUUAGGUGUGAAUGAACAUCUAACCAUUAUAACUGAACCACAAGUCACUAUUGAAGAACUGAAAAAGUAAUGUAAAAAUAAAUAUACGAAAAUUGAUUUUUUUGAUGAUUGUAAUUUCAUUUACAAGGGUAGAAAAUUGUAUACUCAUAAAACUUUAAAUGAAUAUAAUAUAGAUAACAAUUCAGUUCUAAAAGUUGAAUUUGAGGUUAUAUUUGGUGGAGGUUGUGAUGUGUUUACAUUUCUUGAAAGUAUUAAGGGCGAUGGAGAAAGAAUUUAAAUAAAAAUAAAACAUGUUAACAAAAACAAAGAAUAUGGGGUAGAGCUGCCUGAAAAUAUUAGAGUACCAAGAACUUAGAGUAAAUUUCUUUUUAUUUGUUAGAUUGGAAACUCUAUAAAGGUCAGGAUUGCAUAGAAAACCGAUAUACCCAUUUAAAUCAUGGUGAUACAAUAGAAAUACACGAGAUACAUUAUGGAGGGUGUUUUCCUUUUUAUGCACCAAUAACUUUAAGUGAUAAAUCAACGAAGAUGAUUUUAGAAAUAGAAAAAGGUGAUAAAAUAUUAUGCUAUGAUGAAGUAUCUAAAUAAUAUAAAACAUCAACAGUCAAAGAUAAAAGAAAAACAGAUGAUUAUUUUGAUUUGAUAAGAAUUGAGACUGAGAAUGGAAUAAUAGAUUGUACAGCAGAUCAUCCAUUUUAUACAGAAUUUGGAUGGAAGGCAUUUGAACCAAAUCCUGACUUUCAUAUAUAAAAACUAACAAAAAUGGAUAAAUUAUUGAAUUAAGAAAAUAUUUUUAUUUAAAUAGUUUCCAUUAAUCAUUUAGAUUAAAAAGCGCAAGUUUAUAAUCUUAUAAUGGAACAUCCAAAUAAUUAUGUUGUUUUUGGGUUUUUAGCUCAUAAUAUGAAUAAAAUAUCUAUUAAUAUUAAUGGUUAAAUUGAAGAGUUAGAGUUUUUCCCAGAUAUGCCAAUAUAAUUAAUAAAAGCAUUAAUUUAUAAAAAGAAAGGAAUUAAAAUUGAAAAUUAACAAUUAUACUUUCAUGGAAUAUUAAUGAAAGAUGAAAACACAGUUAGAGACUAUCAAUGUUAUCCAAUUGAAAAUGAUAGAAAAAUGGAAAAAAUGGAAAAAAUGUGCCCUACUAUAGAAGUUUCAACAACAAUGUAUGAAUAAUUAGAUCUAAAAAUUGUUGACAAUCCAAUAUAAAAAUAAUAAUAAUAAUAAUAGACUUUUUCAAAUGAUAAACAAAAAAUCAUUCCAAUAAAAAUUAUAACAUAAAAAUCUUCUUAUUAGAUAUUGAUAAAUAAAAAAUUAAGUGUAAAAAUAUUGAAAGAUGUUGUUUACACUUUAGAAGAUUAAUCAAAAUAAGGAUUUCUUCUUUUGAAUGGUUAUAAUUUAGAAUAAAAUAUGGAUUAAAUAAAAAUAUAGGAUUUGAAAAUUGAAGCUAUUUAUUCAAUACCUUGUAGUGAAGGAGUAAGUUUAAUAAAAUUUAUGAACUCUAUUAACAGCUUGGAAUUAAAAUAAUUAUCAGAUUUACAAGAGUCACUUAAUUUUUUAAACUUCAAUAUAGAAGAAUUUUUUAAUACUACAUUAGCUUAAAUUAACAGUAAUUAAGAAAAAAGAAAAAUAUUUUAGAAAUAUGAAUUACAUCACUUAAUAGCAAUUAUAUUAUGGACAUCCAAUAAAAUCUAUAGAAAGUUGAAUAUUGAUUUAGGGUGUUAAGAUUAUGGAAAAUGGAAAAAAUAUUUAAAGUGUUUAUUAGACGGAUUGAAAUAUUCAGAUUAUCACAAAGGGAUAUGCGGAAGAGGUUUUAAAAAUUAUUAAAAUACUUAAAUUUAUUAAAAAGGCAAAGUAGUUUAAUGGUGUUAGGUAUCAUCAUUUUCAAUUAAUAGAAAAGUAGCUGAAAAAUUUAGUAAUGAAAAAGGUAUGAUUUUUUUAGCCUAUUUAAUAAGUGCAAAGAAUAUUUCACAAUUAUCUUUAUAUCCUCAUGAAGAUGAAGUUUUGAUACCUCCAUUUACAAGUUUUAAAGUUUUAGAUGUAGUAAUUAAUGAAAAUUAGCCAAUUAUCGUUAUAAUGAAAGAAUUUCCAUUAGCUAAAACUGUAAACAUAAUACUUUGGGUAGAUGAUAACCCAUAAAAUAAUUAUAAACUGGCUCAAGAUUUAGAAACUAAAAACCCAAAUCUAUCAAUUAUUUUUUGUUAAUCUACAGAUAAAGCAAUUAGUAUUGUAAAAAUGUAUAGAUGGUUGAUAUAUUUAAAAACAUCUUAAUUUAAAAUUGUAAGCAAUAUGGUAAGGAAGGAAAAGGCAAAAAUGAAUUACUUGGCUGGUGUUUAACUUUUAUAACGAUUGAACACUAAAUUAAAUUAUAGGAAACAAAUUUUGUUUUUUGUUACUGAUGAAAAUUAUUCUAAACAAUCCUUAGAGUAAAAUGACUUAAAGAACUAUAUAGUAACUAAUUAGGUUUCAGUUCUAGAUAAGUUUGUUAAUUUGAAAUGA